AAAAGCUUUUUUAUUUAGUUACUUGAACAUUUCCAGACCAAGACAUACAUUUCGUUGUGUUUUAACUUCCUUCAAAGGCUGUUGCAGGCAGCCUUCUGCAGGGGGCAGCAGCAGUACACCUUCAAUAUUACACUUUGUUAGGUGGUGUAUUGAGCAUGAGGCAGCAGUCAGUCUUCAGCAACAGUUCACAGGCUUGCACAUGCAGAGCUUGGCUUGCACAUGCAGAAAAUAAAAGGUUUUUUGUUAGUUUCAUCAAAGAGAUUUUUAUCUCCUUUAGCUAUUGUUUGGGACAUUCUGGUGAAACCUCUGUGUCCUCUUUCUGAUUCCUUUCAUUCUUUCUUCUAGGCCACCUAUGUGCUGCUGGCUCUGGCCUGGGUGUUUGUGCCUGUCUACAUCUCCUCAGGGAUCGUGACAAUGCCGGAGUACCUUGGCCGUCGCUUUGGAGGAGAGCGAAUCAGAACCUACCUGGCUGUCCUCUCACUGCUGUUGUCUGUCUUCACAAAAAUAUCAACUGACCUGUACUCUGGAGCCUUGUUUGUCCAGGUGUGUCUGGGAUGGAACCUCUACCUGUCCACAGUCCUCAUGCUGGUGGUCACUGCUCUAUACACUAUAGCAGGUGGUCUUGCGGCUGUCAUCUACACCGACACUCUACAGACAUUCAUCAUGAUAAUAGGAGCUAUCAUCUUAACAGUCACUGCCUUUCAAAAGAUUGGAGGCUACAGCAACCUGGAGCGUAUGUACAGCAUGGCCAUUCCCAGUAAGAUCAUUCCCAACAGUACCUGCCACCUGCCACGUGAAGACGCCAUGCACCUGUUCAGAGACGCCGUCACCGGAGACCUGCCCUGGCCCGGCAUGACUCUGGGGCUCACCAUACUGGCCACCUGGUACUGGUGCACUGACCAGGUGAUUGUACAACGCUCCCUGUCUGCUAAGAAUAUAAGUCACGUGAAAGGAGCUUCGAUCCUGGCUGCCUAUCUGAAGCUGCUGCCCUUCAUCCUCAUCAUCCUCCCUGGCAUGAUCAGCCGAGCUCUCUAUCCAGACACUGUAGGAUGUGUGGAUCCAGAAGAGUGUGUGAGAGUGUGUGGAGCGGAGGUGGGAUGCUCCAACAUCGCCUUUCCCAAACUGGUCAUUGAACUCAUGCCAAGCGGCUUGCGUGGACUUAUGAUAGCGGUGAUGAUGGCAGCUCUGAUGUCAUCACUGACCUCCAUCUUUAACAGCAGCUCUACACUCUUCACCAUGGACAUCUGGAAGAAGUAUCGCUCACGAGCCUCGGAGAGAGAGCUGCUACUGGUCGGAAGGAUUUCGACUGUGAUCUUGGUGGUGGUGAGUGUGGUGUGGAUCCCCAUCCUUCAGUCGGCCAACAGUGGCCAACUGUACGUGUACAUCCAGUCGGUGACAAGCUACCUCGCUCCGCCCGUCACUGCUGUCUUCACCCUGGCUGUCUUCUGGAAGAGGACCAACGAGCAGGGUGCGUUCUGGGGCCUGAUGGUGGGCUUGGUGGUAGGUGUGUGUAGGAUGGUGUUGGAGUUUGCUUUCCCGCCUCCCAGAUGUGGCGUUGUGGACUCGGCACCUGAUGUUCUGCGCAGCGUCCACUACCUCCAUUUUGCCAUCCUGCUCUGUGGGCUCACUGCUAUUGUGGUGACUGUAGUUUCCCUGCUCACCCCCCCGCCCAGCCCUGAACAGUUGCUUAACCUGACCUGGUGGACUUUGACUGAAGAGCCACAGAGAGAAAUUCCUCUGCAGAAAGUGUCCUCUGUCAGCCACCGUAGCUCCCAGGGCUCUGAGCCAACCCGGCGGGUGACAUGCGGUCAGGGCACAGGGUUGUGUAUCGCAGCAGCGCGGCGAUCAGAGGAGACUCCAACUCCCAGAGUUCAGAGCGUCAGAGAGAGUGUGUUCUGGUCCAGGUUCUGCGGUGUCAAUGCAAUCCUGGUUGUCAGCAUUAACAUUUUUCUCUAUGCAUACUUUGCCUGAGUCGAGGAUCAUAUUUCACAUCCUGUCUCACCCUGUCGCUGAACUCCUGACAACAUCAACUCCAGAUCCAAGAAGGUGGGGAAACAAACUGUGGUUUCUGUACUAAUUUUACAUGAAUCCAACAUAAAUCCUCUACAUGUAGCCUCAGUUGUUCUCAUUUCAAACUAAACUAAAAAAACACUAAGAGAACACCUGUAACCAAAUGUAUUAUUUUGAUUAUAAAAAAUGUUGAGAUUUAAAGAAAAAUCUAAGUAACACUUUAAUUCAUUAAUUCAUAGUACUCUUGUUUGAAGAUUUUAAUCCUUUUAGUACUAUAGUUUAUUGUUUUGUUUAUAAAACUUGUCUCUCCUAUUUUGUAUAACAUAGUUUCAAAGUGUUAAAAGGGUAUUGUACAAAUUACAAUGAAGCUCGUGGCUUGAAACAAGCUAACAUCAAUCUGCAGUUUAUAAAUGAUGACAUAUUAACAUAAGGGCAUUACACACCAUAUAUUUAUAGCUUAUAGAAAAUUAGAAUACACAUAUUUGUGUUUUUAUGUUUAACGUGGAAAUCUAUUUGCUUAAUUUUACUUACAAUGUUAUGUUUAUGUCCUUAUGUCUGUCAAGCAGGGUUUUGUGAACUUUAAGUUACUGUUUUAGUUUUCUUUCAUGCUAUUUGGCUUGUUUGUGAAUAUAUAUCAGAAUUUCUCAACCUUUUCUGGUCCCAAAAAUUGCCCAGCUUUUAGUAUUUUAAAUGAAAAUAUACACACUUGUGUUUUGAAUGAAAUAGUGCAUUAGAGCAUCUACAUUUUAUGGAGAUAAUGUGAAAUAAAGGUUUUACAGAUAGGUUCAGGGUUGUUGUGUUUUCCAGACAUUUUACAGUUUAUCAGUAAUACAAUGUGCCUCCUGUUUUUGUUUAACAGCAGACUCCCUCAACGGACAUUAAACCCAAGGUUGAGAAACUCUUUUAUAACAUUUAUGUUAGGUGCGUUUAGAUAUCUUUUUUUAUUUUAGUCAAAAGACAGAAUAUCAUGACAACCUGUCAACCAGAUGUUUUUCUCUUGUGAUAUCCCAAAUAAAUUAUAAGAUAUGUGCAUUAAAGUUACAAUUGUUGGUCCAGAAAUAAAUGCAGGUUAGAGUAUUUAUAAUCAGAUAAUAUCACUCUUUAU